AGUGACCUCAUUUUCAGAUGCGGAACAGAGGCCGACUUUUAGGGAAGUUUUACUCGGUAUCAACUCCCGUCCCGACCUCGGUACGGUAUAUUUAGGGAGAGGGACCUACCUGAGAUACCUAGGCCUUACAGUAGACGUCCUCUAGCUCUCGAGUCAAGUCAUUGCCGAUCCCGAGAUACAAGUCUCCCUCCAAUACCUUUCCUUACAAGCUUUAAAUACUGUAUCUGGGCUCCUGUAAUCGAACACGGCCCCGCGCGACUUGUAAGUUUUCCUUCCCCAGGUUUUUAAUUACUGUUCAUUCCCCAUCAAUUCAAUUCGAUCCAUUUCUGUCCUACAUAAAAAUCGCUUACACGCGCCUCGCUUAAGCUUAAACUUGUAUACUACAUCAACCAUUUACAAACGGCAUCAUGUCAGACAACGCCGAAAAGGAGACCACUCCUCAGAUCGAUACGCCUGUGACAAAGGUCGAGAUUACUCCUAACAAGGUCGAAAUCAGCACGGCGCCCGAGACUCAAGCAAUCCCUCAGAAUGACAAUGUCGCUCACGCUCUUGCUGGCGCUGGAGGUGGUCUUCUGUCCAUGAUCCUGACCUACCCUCUCAUCACCCUCUCAACACGCGCUCAGGUCGAGUCUAAGAAGGCCGAGAGCAAGUUCAGCGAGGCUGUUGGCAACAUCAUCGCCCGUGAGGGUAUCUCUGGUCUCUACUCCGGUAUUAACUCGGCCCUCUUCGGCAUCAGCGUCACCAACUUUGUCUACUACUACUGGUACGAAUGGACUCGCGGUUUCUUCGAGAAGGCUGCUGCUAAGGCUGGUCGCGCUGGCGCCAAGCUCACCACCGUUGAGUCCAUGAUUGCUGGUGCUAUCGCUGGUUCGGCCACCGUCAUCAUCACCAACCCUAUCUGGGUCGUCAACACCCGAGUCACCACUCGCCAGCAGGAGAAGAAGCAGGAUGUCGAGGCUGGCGAGUCUAAGCCUGCCAAGGCUCCCAGCACCAUCGGCACUCUGCUGCUGCUCCUCAAGAACGAGGGUCCUCAGGCUCUCUUCUCUGGUGUCAUCCCAGCUCUUGUCCUCGUUAUCAACCCUAUUCUUCAGUACACUCUCUUUGAGCAACUCAAGAACACAGUUGAGAAGCGUCGCAAGGUGACUCCUACUAUCGCCUUCUUCCUCGGCGCCCUGGGCAAGCUGUUUGCUACUGCCAUCACCUACCCUUACAUCACCGUCAAGUCUCAGAUGCACGUCCAGGGCAGCGGUAAGAAGGAGGGUUCCCUUAGCGCUCUUUCUCGCAUCGUCCGUGAGAGCGGUUACUCUGGUCUCUACCGAGGUAUCGGCCCUAAAGUCACCCAGAGCGUCCUCACUGCUGCGCUCCUCUUUGCCUUCAAGGACGUUCUCUAUGAGCAGACCGUUCGUCUCCGAAUGGCCCAGGCCGCUCGCCGACGUGUCGCCGCUUAAGCUAGCUUAAGCACUGGUCCCACUAGACCUGUCUUUCUUAUCAGAACCAGGAUUGAAGAUCCCCAAUUAUUCUCGGUAUCUCAUUCCGAUUACCGAAAAGCAUUUGCGGUGAGGAUGCGUUCGGUUUGUUAUUGAAAUUGGCACAAUGGAAAUGGCGUUGUAUCUUAUAUACCUAGUAUUAGUUCAUGUUCUGUUUGAUGUUUGAAACCAGGGCUGGUAACCAGGAAUAUUGGAAGAGGGUGUUGCUCUCAUCUGGAUACCCGAAUACUCUAAGGCGGCUUUGAUGUAACAAUUCAAUUUAAGCUCAUUUUGUCAUUAUACAUGGAUUUCCUUCAAUAAGCUUCAGACAGGAACCAGACGAGGUACAAUCCACCAGUCAUGAUAACACUUAUCAGGAGUUGGCACCUCAGCUCUGAGCUUCAGAUUACUCGCAUCUUCCUUUGAUGCCUUCAGCACAGCCGUAAUCGCGAGCCCUGUUGCAAUACAUGCUUUGAGCGCGUUCUUCUUUGAAGUCUGCCAUUUAUCGUGAGAACCGACUGAGAACGAAUCUGCCGCAGACAACUUGCUCAGAACCUCAAGCCCUUGCUUUGCACCCUUCAGAGCUCUUUCUGCAUAUUGAAGAAUAUCCACCGUGGACGAUUCUGGUUGCGUGGUUCCGAGAAUAAACUCUGGGAACCCCGGGCAAGGCGGUAGACCAAUAACGGCGAAUGGUCUCAUCCGCAGCUCAAAGCGGAGUUCGUCGUUACUAUACGGUCGCGGAGGUACCUUGACUAACUCGAGCCGCAUGAGAGCUGUGUAAAGACAUGAUAGCGCAUCUGACAAUUCCCAUGUGACAGCGGCAUCGAGAAGCAUAAGCCGAAUAAAGGCAAGGGAUCGCUCAAGUUGGCGAUCAACUGAAGGAUUUCGCGGUUGAGAAGGUGCGCGAGAUUCCUCGACUCUUCGAACAAUGAAGGACUUGAGCCUUUCUGUAUGCUGAACUCUCCAUUUGGCUAGGUAGUUGAGAUACCAAUACAUACCGGCAAGUUCGUCUGGCUGAUAGACUUCCAACUCGAAACCAAGUUGUACAAUCCAUUCCAUCUGGCGAAUCUUGUAUAAGUACGUCCAGGACGAUAGUGGGAGGGAGUAGGUGUCGACUGGUUGAGAAUUUGCUCCUGUGAAAUGCCUCAUUGGCUUCUCGUUUAACUUGACCUGGAUAAUUUGAUCAAUCUCUUCAGCAUCGAGCUGGAGAUUAUCCCAGUCCCUGAUGAUGUGGCAGAGCGUGCGCCGGACACGACACCUGUUCUGACAAAAGGUCCUGAAGAUGUCGAGAAACGAUUGAGCCGCUCUUUGUCGAAACAGUUCCAUUUGUUGCGCAACAAUGAAUCGCGGAUCUUGGGGGAAUUCGAUCUCGUCGUUGUUUCGAUCAAGUUGGGCGCUGGCCGGCAUCGACACGAUAGAAAAGUCAUCAUCCAUAAUCUGCCGAAUGCUCAUUGAGCCUAGAACUUCCAUCUCGUUAAAGAGGAAAGUCUGAAGUAGAGUCCGUACGAAAACCAGUGGUUGAGGCUUCUUGGCUUGAAACUGCAAGACGAAGUU